AUGAUUCGUGCCUUGGUGCUCGCGAUGCUGCAGUUCGGGGCCGGCAGCUACGAAGAUGCCGGCUUGCUCCAACUUGUGCGGAAGCCGGAUCCAUCCUGUUCUGCCAGCCCCUGCAGUGCGCUGAAGCUUGCGGGGGCGUGCUGUCCGACUCUGGAUGGCGUACGAACCGACUACAACCACGCCGGCGCCUUCACCCGCGCCUUCACCCGCGCCUUCACCCGAGCCUUGGAGCCCGAGCAGCCACAGAUGGCGACGCUCACCACCUUCCACUGGAACGUCCACUGGCAGUGUGCUCAGUCCGAUGCCGCCUGCACUGCGGCCGCCUUGGCGAAAUUCAAGGAGUUGGUGGCAGAGUCCGGGGCCCAGAUAGCAGGAGCCAUCGAGAUGACGGGGGCAUCGACCGAAUUGUCCGGCUGGUCAUCCUCAAAAGAGUACGAAGAUCAUGUGUCCGUCAUGGUUGCACCAGGCUGGGAGGUCUUGAAAGAAGGGGGUGGCAACAUCUGCUGCGAUGGCUCUCGGGGCUUGGCGGUCUUGCUGGUGAAGCCGCCGGAGCGGGUGUCCAGCUGCGACACGCUCUGCGUGAUGGCGGUUCACCCAGGUCAUUCGCCGAUCCAGAGUGGAGGUGAGAUCGUGGAAAGCGUGUGUGGCGAUGCCAGGUUCUCAUGCGCCAUUGCAGUUGGAGACUGGAACGUGGACGCUGCGGGUGUCAAAGGUGGCUCCUUUGAUACUUGGCAAAAGCUGGUCGGAGGCAACCCACCGGUAUUUGUCGAGCCAGACUCGGAAACUUGCUGCUACCCUUCCACGUGCUGCAAGUACGACCAUGCUGCCACCAACAUACCCGGGGCAGAAGUUUCGAAAACCCAAGUCUGGGGCUAUCAGCUUACAGACCAGUUCAGCAUGAAAGAGGAGCACAUGCCCGUUUCUGUGCAUAUCAAUCUGCCCACGGAAGUGGAAUUAUCCAGCUAG